AGAUCGAGAGCGCCGUCUACCCGGCACCACCACCUCAACUACCACCCUCUGCAGCCCACCAAACUCCCGUAUAGAUGUCGCUGUCGGCGCGGCGGCGGCUCCCCGAGGCUACUGGUCCGGCCGGCCGGCCGGCUCGCCGGCCCGUACCAGUGCUGUUCUGGGCCCGGAGUUGGGAGAGCGGGGUCGCGGCGGUGCGGCUGGACCACAUUCAGCGGCGACCGUGACAGGUAAUCUGACAGCACAGCCAUGGGGAAAGGACAGGAGAUGGAGGGAUGCGGCCAGUGCGUAAAAUACCUGCUGUUCUUCUCCAAUUUCCUAAUACUGGUGGGCGGUGUCGCAGUUCUCGCCAUUGGAAUAUGGACGGUGGUUGACAAGACAGAGUUCGAACAGCUCCUGGGGACCGAUCUGUACGCUUCGUCAGCCUACAUCUUCGUGGCGACCGGCGUGGUGGUGACUCUUAUAUCGUUUCUCGGCUGCCUCGGGGCCAUCAAGGAGGUCCGAUGCAUGCUCUUUACGUACUUCAUCAUCCUGCUGGUGUUGUUCGUGGUGCUGCUGGUGGGCGGCAUCGUGAGCUACGUGUUCAGACAUCGCGUCAAGGACACCAUCAUGGCGCAGAUGAUGGCCUCGCAAGACGAGUACGAGACCAACCAGGCGGCCAAGGAUGCCUGGGACGCCGCUCAGUCACAGAUGGAGUGCUGCGGUGUGACCGGGCCCGCCAGUUGGACGGGCCAUGUCAGCCCCCUGCCCGACUCGUGCUGCCCGGGACCGGUAGAACCCGGAUCGUGCACACUCGACGACUCUUACCAGGCCGGCUGUAAGCAGCGUGUACAGGAGUUUGUGAUGGAACACGCCGCUGUACUGGGAGGAGUCGGAGUCGGCAUCGCCUUCGUACUGUUCCUCGGUAUGGUGCUGUCCAUGGCGCUCUUCAAGAUGAUUGUGUGAAGAUGAAUUGAGGGAGUGUGGGAGUUGAGUGGAAGUGAAGUGAGUGUGAGUGAGAAUAGAUUGACUGACGUAUGUCGUGAUAUGGGUGCGUGAUAUGGGUGGGAGAUAUGGGUGCUAGGAAGGUAUGCAUAAGUCAGGGAUUCGAAGUCAUCAUGUUAGUUGAAACCGGAGGGUUGGUGGUAAACUAUGUAGACUGACUAAUUCUACAAGAUCUGAUGGAUCGAAAGCCUGGACAUACAUGACUUGAGUCAGGGGCGUGAAAGACAUCACAGGCGCUGUCGACCUGUAGACGGUAAUCUGAAAAGACCCCCAUAAAGCGCCGUCUGGAGCUCAGUUUGUUGGCAUAACAAAAAGUGGAUCACGGCCCGAAUUUCCAGCAUUUGGUGACAGCGCGGGGUUUCCAGGAUCUCGGGGAUGAAUGAAAGGUACUACAUUAGCCUGGCGAUAAUGUCGUUCUCAUUAGAUGAUUUAUCUCAACGAUAUUGUAAGAUAAUAAGACAAGUAUGUCUGCUUGAUGUGCUUGCUCCUUUGAAGUCUGCGACCGUCUACAUAUGCCUAACAUUUUCAGUCAUGUUGUGCCAUGCUGAAUGGGAGUUGACGUAACUGCCCUUGAACUCAAGCACUGAUAUCCCAAGCUUGUCUCUUAGUAGUUGGUUAAUUGCUCGUCGAUAUAUUUAUAAUAGGUCUCCUGCCUUACGAUAAAUAGUUAGAUGCAGGCAUAUUUCCUUCAACGUGUGCAAGGGUGAGUUGAAAGCAUGUGUAUUGAUUAUCAUUCAUAUCGAAUCGAUCACAUUGACACAUAUCUCUGGUGCAGUUUUCUGUGUGGUGUUUCGUCUGAGUAAUGUUAAUAAAUUUAUCUCUUA